UCGCACAUCACCGUGAGCUUUAGUGUGACUUCCUGUAGAUUUUUGUUUACCCGCUGCUGUGGACGCCGUUCAUGACUGAUGAAUAACUAGAUAUGCCGAUACAUUCAAGUUGACUUUCCUUUACUUGUUGUUGAUACAGCUCCGAAGUCUUCAGUGUACAACUACCGUCCGAUCCGGAAUCUCCAGAAGCAGGGCAUUUUCCUGUCUCCCCCUGGUACCACAAUGUCAGCAUUCAACACAUCCACUCGACGGGAAGAUGUCUCCCUGCGUCUCCGUGCUCAGUCUAAUUACCUGAACAUGCGGACAGCGAAGGAGCAGAGCAAGAAGCUGGAGUUGGAGAACAGGAAGAUGGAGGAGAGGCUGAGGGAGCUGAAGGUGGCCAUGAGUCGCGAGAAGGAGGAGAGAGAACAGAAUGGGGGAGGGUUUUGGCGCACUGGUCAGUCCGGCAGUCUCUCCACCUAUGCCACCGAUGUCCUGGACAAGCCGGUGCGCUCCAGCAAGGAGCAUAAGAAGAAAGGGAUCAGAGUUUUAAGGGAUGAACCUUUAGAUGUACCAAGUCGCAGCAGUGAGCCGGGGACGAUGAAGUACAUUGCUAAAACAUCUCAAAACACCAGAACUGGGAAGGAGAACAGACCAAAGGGACCCAAGUGUGGCCAGUGUGAGGACCGAAUAGCCUGUCUGACAUGUGUUCAGUGUUCAGAGCAUUACUGUUCUGGCUGCUUUGCUGCAUUUCACCUCCGUGGAGCUCUGAAGAAACAUCGGAGUGUGCCCCUCCAGGCAUCCGGUCCCCGGCAGUGUAUGUCUCCCCGCCCCAUGCCCCCACCCUCACACAGAGAGAUGAAGCCGUCCCCGGCAGUAGGCGCAGUAUCCAGCACCAUCAGGUUCCAGGAAUCAGAGAGAAAUGGCCCAGAGGGUGCAAGUGGUUCAUACGAGUUGGCGGGGGACUUGUUGACUGGUCAGUACAACGAAACCGAGAGUGCUGCCUCCUUCCAAGCUGCUCUACUGGCAUGGAGGCAGGGUGAUGACAUCCCCUCACCGACCGUCUCACCUCGCAUGUCCGUCUCUCCCCGGAAAACCAAAGCUGCUGCUGAUGUGCACACGGCAACAACAAUGACCAGCAAACCAGACUCACCACAGAUAACGUUCACCAACACCAUCAGCUACGCUGACCGCCUGCUCAUGAAGAAACAUCGCCGCACUGACCCUGGGGAUCUGGGGACACCGAGACUGGAGGACGACUACCCCUCUCCACGCAGCAGAUAUAGCCCAGAUGAUGAGAACCGAGUGAGUUUCACUGCCUUAUACCAGGCCUCCGUGGCCAACACCUGCAGCGACAAGUCUCAGGCAUCUCGACCUGACUCUAGUCUGUCAAUUGUCGAGCUACAGGACACACCGCCCCGGAUGCGACACCUGGAGCACACAGACAGGUACCAGGUGCAAGAGGUCGGCAGCUUCGAGGCCUGGCAGGUGCAGAGCUACAGUACAUCUCCAAAGAGCAGCAGAUCAGCAACAGACAGUUCAAGGACUCCAAGAUCCAAAUCUUACAGUAGAAGGUCUGGCCAGGCAGCAGACCGGGCUGUGUCUGAGACGGUGGUGGUAGACUUGUACAGUGACACGCCAGUCCUACACACAGUGCCAGACUCCAGGGGAAAGUCCGGGAGAAAGCAGAAGGUCCGGUGUGACUCUAGUGUAGCCCAUGUUGAGGAGGCCAGUGGCUUGGACAGACCCAAAUCCAGGCCAGUGUCAAGGAAAUCUCGCCAGUCUGUUAGACCCAAAUCUGGCCGACAGUCUCGAGCAAAUUCAAGGGCAUACAGUAGAGCAGGUUCAACACUUGGGGAAGGGAUGUUAACAAAGACUCCAAGUUUGGCCCUGCAUGACAUCGCGUGUCGCCUGAGGGAGACGGACACCCACUUGUUCGCCCCCAUGCUGGAGGACUUCUUCAUGGUGGGGGUCAAGCCUGCUCCUCAGGAGAGAACACUCACUCCUACAGCAGAUAAGGCCAAAAAAAAUGUCAUGAAAGUUAGCAACAGAUUGUACCAGAUGGCGCCGAGGUCAUGGCGACCAGACAGCAGUCUGGGUGACGUCGUCCCCCUUGACCAAGUUGCAGUUGACGAUGAGACUACUAUCUCCUACACCUACAGUGCCCAGGCACAAGGCCAGCCAAUCACAACCUCCUACAGCAGUAUAGCAGGGGAAGAUAACCCAAGCAGGUCCACCACACCUAUAAGGAGUGUAUCUAGUCCAAGGCGUAGCCAGUCAAGGAAAGCAUCUGACCAGUGGUCAAGUCGACCUGCAAAAUCCAGAUCUGAAAAGCAGGCACAGUCAGAGUUUCAGUCAGAAGGACGGAGUGUGUCUGGAAUUGAAUCAAGUUUGGAAACAAGGUCAGAAACAAGGUCGGAAUCAAGGUCGGAAUCAAGGCGUGGAAAGAAGAGUGUUUUGUCCAGCAGGGCCUCCUCCAGCACUAUCCAAGCAUCAGGUCCCACUCACCACUCACAGCUAGAGGAAUCAAUUUCCCGUCCGCAGUCACAACUAGAAGAAUCAGUUUCCCGUCCGCAGUCACAACUAGAAGAAUCAGUUUCCCGUCCGCAGUCACAACUAGAGGAAUCUGGUCGGAUAUCUCAAGCUGUCGUAAUGGAUGGGGAGGAUCUGACACAGUAUGAUGAUGUAAAUGUUACCCGCUACCAUGAUGAAGAUGAUGAGGAAACACUCAACCAGUUAGAGUGGGAGUUAGCGUCCGAGUCGGGCAGAAUCACAGCCGACGGCCAGCUGUCCCGGCUCAGCAUGAUAGAAAGACAGUCAGACAGCAGUGGUUCACGUAGUUCCACACCUGUCAUCAAACUCAGCAUGGAUAAGGGCUUUGACAUCAACGUCAAACUCAGGGAUGAGGAGCUCUGUGAGGAGAUGGAUGAGAAUGCCAACCAGAUGAAGGAUGAGCGGGAUGUCCAGGCUCUUCACUAGCACCGGCCACACUGACAACUGUCAGCCCUUCAGGGCCAGGGAUCGAACCCCGGAUCUUCAGCUCUCCGGGCGGAUGCUCUACCACUAGAUCACGGAGGCGGUCUUCAAGACAAGAUAUGAUUCAGAAAGAAAUCGGAUAAUUAUACUCUCUAAUACUAAUCAUUUCUUACAUGUCUUGUGUACCCAGUGAUGACAUUGCUUUCACAAUUGCUAAAGGUGGGGGGUAAAGCCCUGCUCACACACUUCAUCAAUUCUCUGAUAAGUGGACAUCCUUUGGAGUUAUGAAUUUGAUGAAGAUAUUUCAUUAAUUGUUCCUAUUUAGUUAAAGAACAGGAUGGUGUUAUUAUGGAGUCCAUAUUAUUAUUAUACAAGAAAACAUGCAGACAAUGAUGUCUGAUUAUCUGUUUGUGUGGUGAUCUUCAUUAUGUAUGAGCAGGCUACAUUGGUAGCAGAUGUAGGAGCAAGAUUGAAGUGAAUACCUUUGUGUCUUAUAAUUGUACUUAGUUAAAGAGACUGUGAUAUUGCUGCCACGAAGUGAGCUUAGCUAGCGCCAAUCACAUUUGUGAUAUAAUGCCUGAAGUUGAUCAUGUUCAGUUAUGUCAUGUUUUUACUGUUGUUAUUGUUUUAUUUCAACAUUCUCUAGUCUGCAUAUAUCUCCAUACAUGGGACUGUUCCACAUAUAAUGUAUGUCUGUGAGGGUCAUAAGUCAUGUGUGUGCCUACCUUCAUGAGUUCACAAACAAGGGCCUGACAGCAGCCAUUCAUGAACAAAGUAGGAAGAAGCUGUCCUCCAAGCUUACCUCAGUGACUGUACAUUAGGGCUGUGUCGAGUCCAAAUUUACUACCCAGGUACUCCACCCCCUAUUACCCGUCCCUGCCCGUGUACCUGCUGUAGGUCUCAAGAGAUGGGUACAAAAUGUCUGGUUGGGAAUUGUUUGACCGGAGACCUGGCAAAAAGUAUUUACAUUCAGGUAUAAAACGAUCUGAUCAUGUGUACACUGAAGUUGAUUGAAGCUUUAUCUUUACUCAAGCAUAUCAAAGUCAGAAGAAAUGCGCAUAGUCAGAAAGAAAUGUGAAAGUUAGGGACUUGUUGUGUAACCAUGGUCUUGGAGUUCCAGAUAUUUUUUGUCAUUACACAAUAUAUCAUGUGACUAACCAUGGGCCUGGGUAGUCCUGUGGGUACCCACCCGACCCAAGUACCUGAGUUAACCAUCCAAGCCCUACUUCACAUUGUUCACAGAAGGUUUUAUUCUAACACAAUACACAAGCAUGAGAUAACUAUGCAAUAGGAAGCCAUGCAUUACUUUUAUUAUCAAGAUUUCCCAAAUUUUAAUGAAAUGACCUAUUCCCUGUGUUAUGCUUACAAACAGUAUACUAUAACUAAGGCCAACUUUCUUUUGUUCAUUUAGUAUUAUUGCUACUCUGGUAUGUAAAUGUUAGUGCAUAAUAAAUAGAUUGUAACCCACCCAGCAUAAUCAUUGAAAUGUUCAGGUUCAUAUUUCACCAGUACUGAAGACCAGCAUUUGGUGUUUGUUGUACGAAGUACAGUCUUGAAGUUUCACAAAUUAAUUACAAUAUUUUUUCUUGUUUCAAUAUAAUUCACACAGGCUGCUUAUGAUAUGCUUUGUAACUAGUUUUUAUUUGUGUAGAUUGUUUACUGUUAAUAUUUAUUUAUAUAGUAUAUAGUUAUACCAAGGCUCCGUCCGUCCGUCCGAAAACUUUGUCUGCACGAUUUCUCUUAAACUAUUCAGUGGAUUCAUCUCAAACUUAGUACAUAUAAUCUGUGUCACAUGAAGGGGUGCAGUCCAUUUUUUUCUGAAUUUUUCAAACCCUUACCCUAUCCUAGCUAUUUAAUUUGAAACUACUGACACACUAGGCAGGUCGGGGGUAUUAGUGAGCCACGCUCACUUUUGCCCUUGUUUAUGUCUAUUUCAAAAUACAAAGUUUUAGUUUGCUGUAGAAUGGUAAAAAGACUACACAGAAAGUGAAGCUAUGCAUUUGCUUUGCAUGUAGAGGGCUAUCGCACCAUUACCAUGGCACAUGUAUCUUAUGGAAAGAAGUCUGCAUCCACAAACCACCUGAACAUGAGCUGAUUGUUAACAGUCCUUGUCUCUGAAUCUUCUAGCUCAUGGUUAUCAUCCCUUCAUUUCUUGCCUUGAUGUUGCCGUGGCAACUCACUGAACAAAAUGUUUCAUCCAACAUUUUCAUAUCACAAUCUCAUUAAAGUCCGAUAUUUUAACCUCUCUGCACGAAGAUCUGAGGACACCUCCAUAGCAGAUCACGUCAGGUGAACUUUCUCAUCAGUCAAUUCAAGUAGAGGCGUGUAAAUCUUUGGUACAAGUGAACGAAACAUUCAGACAAGCAUGCAAAUUGAUAAAGCUUCACCAAUAUAGUGUUGUUGGUGUUUAAGGGGCGGUGCAGUAGCCUAGUUGUUCAAGUAUUUGCUCGUCACACAGAAGACCUGGCUUUGAUUCUCCACAUGGGUACAAUGUGUGAAGGCCAAACCCCUUAGGGUUUACUUAAUGGCACCUUCUAUUGCUUACUGGAGGUGUCCACAGAUCUUGACAGAGGUGAUAUCAGAGUCAAAGAUCUCAUUUUACUGAGAUUGUUCAUAUAACUACCAAAUUUCAUGUUGUAAUUUGUUGUAUCAGCAAGUGUUUGUGUGUUUGGCUAUCGUAGCUAUUUAAUAAAAUGUCAAUACUGA